AAUAUACAGUAAUUAUCUUAAUGUUUCUAUAGUGGUUGUAUUCCUUUCAAUGCUAUACGGCUGAAGAUUCCACUUUUACGUGUGACCCCUUUUUUGUUUAUAAGUCAUGUAUUAUUUUUUAUUUGUUUAUUGUUACUAAAUCAGAGAUCAUUAAUUGCCUCAGGUUAAGGCCACCCACUCUUAUUUUAUACUUACUGCAUUCAAGAUUUGAGGUUUUAGAUUAUCGUCUCAGAUUUUUCAUUUGAAGCCACCUACUCCUCUGUGUUCUAGUUCAACCAAUUUUUGUUGCUUUUUCAUAAUCAUUGCUCACUGCAUUUAAACUCGUGCGGAGAAUUCAUUUUUCUGUCGACGGAUUGUAUUUUGCUUUCUUAACAACCCUUGUCGGUGACACAGUCAUCUCAAUUAGGAGCACAACACAAUGCCGCCGCCGCCGGACUUUCCCUCUCCUCCUCCUCACUCUUCCAGUCUGAAGAGAUAUGGCAGUGAGAUGCAUAAGGAUCAUAUGCUCAAUAUGUCGCCAAGACCCUCCCACCAUCUUCAUUCUCCUUGUGCCGAACUGGUGAGAGAGAUUGCCACACUUGAAGUUGAAAUAUUGCGUUUGGAACGUCUUCUUCUUUCACUCUACCGGACGGCUAUUCAGCAGCAUCUCCCAAGGAUCACAGAAGACCACGUGGAAACACCUCAAUUAAAUCAGCCAUCUCAUAAAACAAAAUCGAAAAUUCCAACAAGUUCUUUAGGUGGACCACAUGAUUUGGUCCAUGUUUCACUUCAAAAGUCAUCAUCUGAAACUGGAAGGGAGAAGCAAAGGGCAUACUACCGGCAUCGUAGCCUUGCUGAUUACCUUGGAAACUGUCGCAUAGAUGAUGCCCCAUCUUGUCCAGCUAGACUAUCUGAAGACAUCAUAAGGUGUAUGUCGUCGAUUUACUGCAAAUUGGCCAACCCCAUGGCUACUGAGAAGGGCUGUUCGGUUUCAUCUACUUCAUAUUUCUGCUCCUCUUCCUCUACCACAUUUUCUGGAAGUUGGAGUCCACAAUGCAAUGAUGAAGUUACACAAAGUUGCGAUUUAGAGAAUGGAGCAUAUGCUGGUAUGGUAGAAGUACUCAAGUUAUGCCUAGAUGAUGAAAGUUAUAACUAUGCUGCUGUAAUGCUUCAGAGAUUUAGAUCUCUUGUAAAGAGUCUUGAGAUUGUUGAGCCAAUGAAGAUGAGACGCGAAGAGAAAUUGGCAUUUUGGAUCAAUAUUCACAAUGCCUUGGUGAUGCAUGCUUAUUUAGCGUAUGGAACUCAGCAAUACUUGAAAAGUAGUUUGAUUGUGAAAGCUGCUUAUAACGUUGGUGGGCACUGCGUUAAUGCUUAUGACAUACAAAGCUCCAUUCUAGGAAUAAAAUCACACUAUUCUGCACCGUGGCUUCAGAAGUUGAAGGGUGGGAAGAGCAGACAUCCUUUAGCAAUAGAAUAUCAGGAACCCCUCGUUCAUUUUGCAGUUUCGUCGGGGGCGUAUUCAGAUCCUGCGGUUCGAGUUUAUAGAGCAAACAGUAUAUUUGAGGAUCUCAAAGCUGCGAAGGAAGAGUAUAUACAAGCCACUGUUUAUGUUCACAAGGAAGCAAAGAUAUAUCUGCCCAGAAUUCUAUGCUACUACGCCAAGGAUAUGUCGCUUACCAUGACUGCAAUCUUGAACGUAGUGAGUGAAUGCCUGCCGGAAGUUAAGCAAAUAUCGAUGAGAGCCUGCGUCAAGGGUAGGCCGGAAAAGUAUGUGUAUUGGUUGGAACAGGCUUCAUCAUUUCGAUAUCUAAUCCAUACGGAAUUAUAGCCAAUUAAAUACACCAAAUCCA